AUGGCUGGAUACUCGGAAGAUCAAUUGGCAGAAUUUCAGGAGGCUUUCCAGUUGUUUGAUUCACGUGGAGAUGGCAAGAUCCAUGUCGCCCAGAUUGGUGAUGCUUUGAGAGCCCUGGGACAAAACCCCACCGAGUCGGAUGUUAAAAAAUGCACUCUACAUUUAAAACCUGAUGAGAGAAUUUCUUUUGAAGUGUUUUUGCCCAUCUAUCAGGCCAUAUCUAAAGCACGCAGUGGUGACACAGCCAAUGACUUUAUUGAGGGUCUGAGGCACUUUGACAAGGAUGGCAAUGGAUUCAUAUCAUCUGCGGAACUGCGCCACUUGCUCUCCACCCUAGGAGAGAAACUUAGUGAUGAUGAGGUGGAGCAGCUGCUGCAGGGCCAGGAGGACUCCCAGGGCAACAUCAACUACGAGAACUUCGUGCACCUCAUCAUGCAGGGCUGA